GGAAGAGGAGCCUAUAAAAGCUGGGCCUAUUGAGGCUCUGGGGGUGGGUUUUUUUUUUUUUUGCUCUCUCUGUGUCAGCAGUGGGUAAGGUGGAUGGCGUGCAGUUUUGUUUUCCUCUGUUUUCUUGAUUUUGUGCUAUUUUUAUGUGUUUUUGUGUUAUGUUUUGCCAACUUGAUUUUGCUUUAGCUGUGUGGAAUAUUGUUUAGCUCACUAAUGUCAUUGGUGUUGUCCAUUUUGGUUAUUUUGUGUGUGUGGGUGUAUUUUCAUUUUGUUUGUCCCAGCCAAGGGCGGCCGACCUGGGUUGUGGCUCUGCACGCCUUCUGCCUUCCUCAAGUGGCUCAGCCAGUGGUCUGGUUAAUUAUAGCAGCUAUUUUAUAGUGGAUUGUGUGUGGCCUUUGCCUUUUUUUAGUAAUAUUAGAAUAAAGAGAAGAUAAAUGUCUUUUAAUGUUAAUAAAUUUUACAGGUUAUCUGGGGACUGCAGGCUGUAGCCACUGUGUGUUUAUCUACUACUGGGCCUUUGUGUGACAUUUUGAUGUGUUUGUAGCCAACAGUAGUUAUCGAGUGCUGUGAUUGACUUGCAGUGGUUGCAGUGUGGUUAGUAGGAUGUUUGAAGCACUUAUGCAUUUUACUUUUUAUAGUUGUUUUGUACUCUUGGUGUGAUGCUAUCUUGCAUUUGGUGUGUUUAUUGUAUUUUACAGUCCCAGUAGUGGGUGGCUACCUCUGACUGCUUCUUUUCUCUCCCCUGAGCUUGAGUUAAAUAAAUCGUAAAUUUUCAGUAUUCGAUUCUUCAUUUUUAUUGGUUGGUCGAAAGAACCUGGUUACAUCUUUGGUGUAGUCAGCAGGAUCAACUAAAUUUUUAUUUCAUUGAAGAUGUCUCAGAAUGAGAAUGAAGGAGGGGGCAGAUCAAGAGCUUUUUCAGUGCCUACCUUUUUCCCAUUUAUGAUGCCUUGUGCUAAAUUCUCGGGGGGUAGAGGGACAAAUGAGUGUAUAUUUAAACAGUGGCAAAAUGACCUUGAAAUGUGGUUUAGAAUGUAUGGCAUCCCUGCUGAAAAUCAACUAGACUGGGUUCUAAGUUGUUUUGGAGGGGGAAGCAAAGUGGGAAGUGGCCAUUUUGCCUCAUGAUCAGAAAAAUACUGUUGCAAAGGUGUUUCAAAAGUUGGAAAGUUUGUAUUCUAGUGUUGUUCCUGCUUCUGUCUUAUGCUCUGUUCUUUAACUGUAGGCAGCAGGCUGAGGAGUGUGCGGGCCUUUGCCCUCCGCCUGCAGGAGUGCUGGCAGAAGAUGAUGAUUCAUGAUGUCCAAAACAUCCUACACCCAGAUAUAUUAAUGCGAGAUCAGUUUGUUGCAGGGCUCUGUGAUGGUCUGAAAAGAGAGUUAAGAAUGAAAAUAACACUGGAUAACAAUCUUAAGUUCACAGAUGUGAAAACUGAGGCGAUACUGCGGGCGGGCCUGGAGGAAAACGACAGGGUAUGUUGUGGAAUGGUGAAAGCGGCCACGGCCAAGCAACCUUGGGAAGAUGAUCUACAAAAACUCAAAAUGGAACUAAAAACUGAAUUGGCAAAGGAGGUAGAGGCUCAGGUGACUAAUCUUUCCCAAUCUCUCUUCCAGGGUAUAAGGGAGGAGUUUCGUAAAGUGAGGUUUGAGGCUCCUCCAAUCCAGACACCCUCUCCACCUCUUGUUUCACAAAGAUCCCGUAGCUUUUCACCAGGCCCUAGGUAUCAGCGAAUGAAGACCCAGUCUAGGCCCCAUGAGUAUGACGAACAGGGGCAGCCCAUCUGUUAUCAGUGUAGAACCCCAGGCCAUAUUCCACACCAAUGCCCUCAACAAAACCUACAGGCCCCUUUAAACUAGCUUGCCCCGCUGUUGCGGAUCGAACAGCGGACCAUCCAGUACAUGAUCCAUCCUCCAUGCUGACCCAAGCAUGUGUCCCACAAGCGUCAGAGCCCCUUGCUGGGAUGGUGGGGGAUUGUCCCAUGAUUCAGGUAUCCAUAGAUGGUGUGGAAAUCUCCUGCCUACUAGACACCGGCUCCUAGGUAUCCAUGGUGCGCCAAGAAUGGCUUCAGAGACACUUUGGGCAAGAUGGCCAGCGCUUGGAGGAUCCAGCUUCUUGGCUUGAGUUAAGGGCUGCCAAUGGUAAGGAGAUCCCAUACCUAGGGUAUGUUGAAUUUCAACUGGACAUAGCUGGGGUGACAUUAUCUAAUGUGGGGGUGAUCGUUGUAAAAGAGAGCUGUUUAAAUGUAUCAGGCCUUGUAGGAAUGAAUGUGAUUAAGCAAGUAUGGCAAGUUUUAUUACAGAGCACAGCACCUGGCCAGUUGAAUAGACAACCAAAAUUAAAUGGCCUGGGUAAAUCUCUGUGGCGGGAGGCUAUGCAUAUUUGCCAAAAGGAGCAAGGAUUUGUGACCUCUGAUGGUUUUGUAGGAUAUGCAUGCCUUUCCAGCCACUGUCCUGUGACUGUACCUGGGAACCUGGAGCUGUUACUGAACUGUCGAGCCAGAAGUGGACCAGGAGGUUGAGGGUAUGAAGCUUUGAUGGAGCCAUUACCCAUACAAGAUGGACUUCUGGUAGCUCAGGCCUUGGUGAAGGUGGGGAGUGGCCGGAUGCAGGGCCUGAAGCUGAAACCAGACAAGUGUAAACUCUUCCGCAAUAGUGUCCAAUACCUCAGCCAUAUUGUGUCUUCAGAGGGAAUAGCUCCAGACCCUGAGAAGGUGUCGGCAGUCCAGCAGUGGAAAGUGCCAGCAACACCAACUGAGCUAUGAGCAUUCUUGGGACUGGCUGGCUAUUACUGCCGAUUUGUCAAAGGGUUCUCUCAAACAGCUGGCCCUCUACAUAGACUAUUGGGGGGGGGGGGGUAUUCACAUAAAAACACCAAACCCAGAGCACCAGGUUUUGCUUGGCAUUGGACAGAAGAAUGUGAUUUGGCCUUCUUACGUCUGAAGCAAGCUUUAAUUCAGGUUCCAAUCCUGUCUUUUGCUGACUUUAGCUUGCCUUUUCUGCUCUAUAUAGAUGCUAGUCACCAAGGGUUGGGUGCAGUACUCUCCCAGGUCCAAGAAGGCCAAGAAAAAGUGAUUGUCUAUGCCAGUAGGGGCUUGCAAGGUGCUGAGCGUAAUGAUGCUAAUUACAACUCUUUCAAAUUAAAGCUCUUGGCAUUGAAAUGGGCCAUUACAGAAAAAUUCCAUGAAUAUUUGCUUGGCUCUGACUUUGUGGUGUACACGGACAAUAACCCUUUGGCCCAUCUUUCCACAGCCCGGUUAGGUGCAGUGGAGCAAUGCUGGGUGGCUCGGCUGGCAAGUUAUAGGUUCCAGGUGAAACAUAGAUCAGGAAAAUCUAAUGUCAAUGCUGAUGUGUUGUCUUGUUAUCCCCUAGGAACCCCAAGGGCAUCAGAAGAACAAGAUGGGGUGGAGGUCCCAGGCUUUCAGGAUGUGACUGUGGAGGUGGUUCAGGCAUGCUUGUUGGGGGUGUGUGAAGCAGAAUCAGCACCUGAGCUGGCAAAAGCUCCAUGGAUUGGAGAGGGCUGGUUUGCUGAAAAGUGGGCUGAGGGACAACAAAAGGAUCCAGCCCUCUCAUGUGUUCUGUUCUUUCUGCAGAUCAAACGGCCACCUCGGGCAGCUGAACGACAGUGGGAGAGCCCCCAAGUGCUUCGCCUGCUUAAGGAGAUGCCCCGUCUGCAGUUGCGACAGGGAGUAUUAUACCGGCAGAUCCAGGACCCAAAAACUAAUGCCCUUCAUUACCAGCUCGUGGUACCCCAGAGCCAACAGCAAAAGGUGUUCGCUAGCUGUCAUGAGCAUAUGGGACAUUUUGCUGCAGACAAGACAUUUAAGACACUUCAGACCAGGUAUUAUUGGCCCCAAAUGCUUGUUGACACCAAGUGGUGUUUGGAAUGCCCUCAGUGUGUCCUCAGAAAAAAGCCCACAAAUUCAACAGUUAGUCUUACUCCCAUUACAGCCUCCUGCCCCUUAGAACUGAUUACCAUGGACUUCCUGUCCCUAGAACCCUCAGUAGGUGGAUUUGACAAUAUUAUGGUCCUCACUGAUCAUUUCACUAAAUUCGCCUGGGCUGCUGCAACUCGGGACCAGACAGCAAAAACGACAGUGAGGGUGAUGUGGCAACAGGUCAUCCAGUACUUUGGAUGUCCUGCUCUGUUCCAUGCUGACCAAGGCCCGAACUUUGAAGCUGCUGUGGUGAAACAACUGUGCGACUUAUACGGUUGCAAAAAGAGUCACACUACCCUGAGGGUAAUGAGCUCACAAAGAUUCAAUCACACCCUACUGGGCAUGUUGGGUAGCCUGGUAGAAGAAAAGAAGUGCAGGUGGGCAGAUUACCUACCCGAGAUGGUCCACGCUUAUAACACUGUCCAUACCUCUACAGGCUACACCCCCUUGUACCUUAUGUUUGGAAGACAUGCACGUGCGCCAGUGGAUGUCCUCCUGGGAGGGCCAUUGGAAGAAUCAAGCACAGUCGGAGAGUGGGUCCAGAAACACCACGAGUGCCUGUAUUUUGCCUACAAGAGAGCGGGUGAGUUGAAUGCAGGGGGAGCACAGAAGCAAAAGAGGCAACAUGAUGGCCAGGGGGUGCUGGGGCCAUUAAUGAUGGGGGGAAAGGGUGUUAUUGCGUAAUGUGGGUCCUAAAGUGCAGGGUAAACUUGCAAAUUUUUGGCAUAAUGUACCAUAUGUAGUGGUUAAACAGCCUAAUCCUGAUGUCCCUGUGUAUGUGGUUAAACCUGAAAGGGGAGAAGGGAAGGAGAAGGUUUUGCAUAGGCGGUUGCUCCGUCCUUGUCCUCUGUUGUUGCAGGCCCCAGUGCAAGAGGAACAUGGUGAAUCUGAGCCUGUGGGACAGUCAUUUAUGUGGAUGCCUCCACCAAUUCGAUGGCUGCCCCCUUGGCAAGGGGUGGCUCCAUCUAUUACACCACCAGGAGAAGAUCUAGAGGCAGCUGAAGGACUCCGGAGGUCUCAGCGCAGCUCUAAAGGCAUCCCACCUCAGCGUUAUGGUGAUAUUUGAUCGGCAGCACAAGGAUGUGCUGUGAAAAAGCGGUGGGGGGUGUAACUGGAUGGACAUAUGGGGAAUUGGGGCUGUAGUAAUGGGCCGGGACACUGGGGGGAGCUGUGUGAUUUGCUGCUGUAAAAUACUGGGUUCAAGGGAACAGGAAGAGGAGCCUAUAAAAGCUGGGCCUAUUGAGGCUCUGGGGGUGGGUUUUUUUUUUUUUGGUCUCUGUGUCAGCAGUGGGUAAGGUGGAUGGCAUGCAGUUUUGUUUUCCUCUGUUUUCUUGAUUUUGUGCUGUUUUUGUGUUAUGUUUUGCCAACUUGAUUUUGCUUUAGCCGUGUGGAAGAUUGUUUAGCUCACUAAUGUCAUUGGUGUUGUCCAUUUUGGUUAUUUUGUGUGUGGGUGUAUUUUCAUUUUGUUUGUCCCAGCCAAGAGCGGCCGACCUGGGUUGUGGCUCUGCACACCUUCUGCCUUCCUCAAGUGGCUCAUCAGCCAGUGGUCUGGUUAAUUAUAGCAGCUAUUUUAUAGUGGAUUGUGUGUGGCCUUUGCUUUUUUUUUUAGUAAUAUUAGAAUAAAGAGAAGAUAAAGGUCUUUUAAUGUUAAAUUUUACAGGUUAUCUGGGGACUGCAGGCUGUAGCCACUGUGUGUUUAUCUACUACUGGGCCUUUGUGUGACAUUUUGAUGUGUUUGUAGCCAACAGUAGUUAUCGAGUGCUGUGAUUGACUUGCAGUGGUUGCAGUGUGGUUAGUAGGAUGUUUGAAGCACUUAUGCAUUUUACUUUUUAUAGUUGUUUUGUACUCUUGGUGUGAUGCUAUCUUGCAUUUGGUGUGUUUAUUGUAUUUUACAGUCCCAGUAGUGGGUGGCUACCUCUGCCUGCUUCUUUUCUCUCCC